AUGGCGGCGCGGCAUGCGCAGUGGCGCCAAGUCGAGACGCACGCGACGGCAAUCCGCGCAGAAGUGACACAGGAUAGGUCGUCGUGCACAUACCUCACGGGAGAGGAACUCCUUCGACAGAUAUGCGUGCGCAUGCGUGUCCGGUCCUUCGACGACCUGAACCUUGGCGCGCCUCGUAUGUUUGCACCAAUUCGGCAAGUCUUGGAUCUCGAGCACGACUUGUGGGAGUUUGUUGGGCUGUACGUGUCGCUUCGCGCGAUUUCCACCGCCCAUGACGCCGAGAUCGAUUUCUUGGCGAAGCAUCGUGUCUCGACCUUUUCUGCUCUGGGCAUUGGAAACACGUUUGCUGCUGCUCCUGCCGUAGUUUACCAUUUCAAUCUCCCAGUUGCGACCGCGGUGCUUCCAUUAACACUGAAAGCUGUGUUAACCCAUCUCGGUGAGUUUCGAUACUUGAACCAACGGCACCAAGACACGGGAGCGUUUCUGGCGUUUGUCGCGACCAAGCUGGCCGUUCCUCGAGGCACCGUUCUCGGCAUCCAUGUCCAGAACCUCCAGCGAAGCAUGGACCUCAUGCGACGGAUUCAGACGGAAGAGCGCAAGCAAAUAAACGACAUCGAGAACGACUUCCGCCGGGAUGUGGCGCACACUGUUUUCCAGUUGACCAAAGAAAAAUUCAGCUCGGAGAACCGUGAAUUGGCAGUCGCUGCCGCACUCGCGUCUAGCAAGCUGGACCUGCCGCGCGGCGAGCAAAAGGCAAACGUGUCGGUCAAGCUCGAAAGCGAUGUCUUGAACCGCGUGACUGUGCUGGACGCUCAUUUGGAUCACCUCAUCGGACGAUACGCCCACCGCCUACCUAAAGACACGUCGCAUGUCAUUUCAAAGCAGGAUUUGAAACUUCGCGCGCAGAUCUGCCACAAAAAGCACGAGCGGUCGCGGUCGACGGUGGUCACGUGGGUCUUGUGCAGCAUCAUUGCCAAGUCGCGAGCCCUCCUAGAUGCCAAAUUGUCGCCCGAGGGCCAGCCCCAGAACCGGUCGGACAACAAAGUGGCUGAAGACGACGAGGAAGAGUGUCAGUGCUGCUGUGUCGGCAAACCAGCCUGCACAUGCAGCUGCACAUGCACCUGCCACGCCGUAGACAGUGAUUCUAACGAUGACGACGAAAGCCUUGUCAACACCACGUCGCCCAAUGAAGGUCGAGAUCAAGCACCGAGCACGAACAUCGACAUGGACACCGCUGUGCGAGAUUUGUGGGCAGCGACACAACAAGCCCACCCCGACAUGUCGAUGUUUGAGGUACUGGAAGCUGUAGAGCGUGCUGCGCCCAAGACAGCCACAUCCCAUCGAUCUCUCGUUCAAGUCCUGACAUCGUUGGACCGCGACCUACCUCUCGUCGUACCACACACGUCUGCCUCCGUCGGCUUGUCCAGCGAGCAAGUAAACGCUUUGUGGUACCAGUGCCGCCUCGUUCAAAACGAAUUUGAUCACCCAGAGAGCCCAUCCGAAGGGUUGCAAUCGCUUGUCCACCAUGCAUUAUCCGUUGAAGAUGGCCGGAAUCACCGCCAUGGUACCCUCAAGACAAGCCUGACAACGGCGCCGUAUUUUUCACUGUAUUUUACCUCUCCCUUGACGGCGAGCGUGCCGCCGUCCAACUCCAUGGCGGUGACAGCCCUUCUCGAAUGGAUCGAGGCAGUCCCGUGUCUGGUAGAUGUCGAAGCAGCGGUGCAGUGGCAGGUGCACGACCAUGGUCCGUUUGUCCAGUUUUUCAUCACAAACUUCCCGCACGUUCCGUUGCUGCAGCUCCCAUCGAAGCAAUGCGUCAAGCUCGAGCCGAACGCCACGUUGGCCGCGCUGGCGGCGGUGCCGACGCCAGCGCAGCCCCAUACCGUUGCAACGGUGUACACGUCGGCCUUUGUCCAAGAGCAUGGCCGAUGGAACUGGAACAACGUCCACCAAGCCCUUGAAUCCUUCGUGUCGAGUCUCUGUCGAAACGACGUGCCGCCUUUUGUGCUUCGCGUGGUGCAUUUUAUUCCAGUCGAGCUCUGGCGACCGUUGGUUCCACCCCUCAUCAAAGCUUUGGCGAAAGCCGUGCCCCAUCCACACCAAGCGUUGGCGCUCGCCGCGGCGAACGAUGUGGCAGAUCGGUCCUUGUUGUUUCGAUUGGGCAUCGCGCUCAACAUUUCGUCGUGGAAUAGCCUUGCAACAACUCGAAUCCCCGACAUGGCAUCCAUCUCGAACGACAAAGGUUCAUCGCAGCCGCUUUCAAAUGCUUGUCGUUUGUCCGAGGCAGUUCAGCCUUCCGUAGCCGCAGAAGACACAACGAGGCGUGGUACUGUUCCAAGCAAACAGAGCGCUGCACACUCAGCUGAACCCGUGGAAGUUGUCCCCUCGACCGACGCAUGCAGAGCUCUGAUCCACGACAUUCGAAAGCAUUCGUUUGGAAUUGGAUUGCCCGCGACGAUCGAAACGCAGGCAUUCUUGCGGCUCCAGCAGAAUCGCCUCGAGCGUGCAUUGCAACGCCUCAGUGCCGAGUUGUACUCGACAUCGACGCAUUUCGUGCUCGAGUUGCUCCAGAACGCCGACGACAAUGUGUAUGACCAUUCGGUUGCACCCUGUGCAGAGUUUGUUGUCCGCGAAGACGCUAUUUCGUUCUUUUGCAACGAGUCCGGGUUCCAACCCGCGCAUAUUCGUGCGCUCUGCGACGUCGGCGCUUCGACCAAGACGAUGGGCAUGAUCGGACAAAAGGGCAUCGGGUUCAAGUCGGUCUUUGCUGUUUCAGAUUGCCCUGAAAUCCACAGCAACGGGUAUCACGUGCGCUUCGACGCCCGGUCGACUCCCGACAACGUGCGGUUCAUCCUGCCGCACUGGAUCGAGUCGCCCGCGGCCGAGUAUUCCAACCAACCUGGGACGUGGUUCCACCUCCCCAUGCGGGACAUGUCGUCGACGGCCGCCGUGGCAAUGCUCGACAGCAUGGAGCCGUCGAUGCUGCUUUUUCUCAACCAGUUGAUGUCGCUCACGAUCCAAAACCGUGUGGCGAAGACACAAGUGCACUAUCGCAAGCAAUGGGUGGCGGAAGAACGCGUCCAGCUGCACACAAACACGCACGAUGUGCAAGCUUGGCAUGUCCAUCGACGGGAGGUCGCUGUUCCCGAGGCGUUUGCCCCACGCAAGGGCACCACGACCCGUCUGGAGCUGGCAUUCCCGUUGACGCACGACGAGUCGGCGCUGUGCAAUCAGCCCGUGUUUGCCUACCUGCCGGUGCAAACGUACGGGUUCAAGUGCAUCGUGCAAGCGAAUUUCGACUUGCCGUCGUCGCGGGAAGCCAUCUUGGACAACGACUGGAACCAGUUUCUCCUGGCGCAAUUUCCCACUGUUUUUGUCGACGAACUCGUCAAGCUCCUGCCCGAGUUUCCGCAUUUGAUUCGCAUGGUGCCAGUGGACAUUGCGCCGCCCUUUCACACGAUGGCCCACGCUGUGUGUCGGCAACUGCAAGACCUGCCCAUCAUCCAAACGUCGUCGGGGCAGUAUGUCCCCCCCCGCCAUGUCGUCGACCAAGUCGAGACGGACCCGAUCUCGGACGCGUUCCUGUGGCGCCAUUGCCGCAAACACUUUAUCGAUCCCGCAUUUUCACAGCUCAUGCCACCUCAGCUCAAGCGCAUCCUCGGGAUCUUGCCGUGGAAUGCUUCACACGUUGUCCAGCUUGGAAGAAGCCUCGCCGAGCCAAACGAUGCCCCCGCUCCAACACUCAUGUGGCUUGCCGCUUUCAUGGACUUGGUGGCGACAAUGAACCCAAUGGCCGCCCAACUCCGCCCUCUGCACCUCUUUCCCGUCAAAAUCCAUCCUGGAAGCCACGACGACGUGAUGGCCCCCCAGUAUGCCCUGAAGUCCCUCGAGCACUCGCUGUUCUGCCCGCUUGACACAGCCGCGGCCGACGUUCCAUUUGCAGACGAGCUCAACAUUCUGCAUCCUGACUAUAUGCAUGCACUCGCCCCAAAAACUACGCGAUUUCUGAGCGUCCUCGGGAUCAAGCAGCUGACAACGCACGACAUCUUGCAAUUCCACUUGCUCCCGCUUGUCUCGACAAAGUUGGAUGUCAGCGACCACUUGAAAGCAUUGCGUUUUUGCAUGCACGUUCAUGUCGAGAAGCCCCUUCCUGCAUCGUUGCUUGGCUUCGUGCGACGGUCCAUUCAAGCGGUGACGUCCAAAGGCGAUCUCGUGCCGCUCACGUCGUCCGAUAUCUUCCUCGAACCUGCAGAGUUUGCAUCCCCAGCCUUGUUGAACCACGUGACGGUGGUGCCAUACACGUCAGUCGCAACCUUUUCAUUCUUGCAUGCGUGUGGGGUGCCCGUGUUGCUAUCUUUGCACCACCAACCCAACGCCAACACGAUUCCCGGAUUGAGCUCCGUUGUCGCCUCCAUUGCCGCUGCCAGCGACGUCGCCGCGGCGACUUCGUUGAUGCAAUAUUUGGAUCGUCAUUGGACAGCGCAGCAUUCGUCGACAUUUGCACCGACCGAACUUCAAGUCUUGCGAGCCGCGCGUUGGCUGCCGUCUAGUACAUUGACGAGCGCCACGACGGAAGGCCAGUUGCGCCGCCCCCAUGAGACCUAUUUGAACGUUCCCGCAGGUCUCAAGGCAUUCUUUCCCUCGCCGGCCUUGCUCAACCACGAGUUUGCCACUGCUUUGGCAGUCAAGUUUGGACUAGACGUCCCAGACUACCUGCAUCUCUUGCAGCUGGACAACGUGGUCCACGACACCGUGGUCGAUUGCCUUCUCGAGUUGAAGGCACUCGCGACGGGCCAGCCUGACGUCCUCAAGGGAAUUCAAUCCGUGCUCUCGGAAACUCCCGUUCUUUCCGUCAACAACAAACGAGUUCGACUCACGCAAACGAUUUGGAAACCUGCGAGCGCUUGUCCGGACCUCGUGGGUCUUCGUCCGACCUUUCCCAAGUCGCUCAAGUCGUUUUUCCUUCAACUUGGUGUUCCCGCUAAGCCAUCGGUGGCCGUCGCCGUCGCCACGCUUCAAUCUAUGGAUGUCCCCGACGAUCAGCUGCCGUACUUGAAAUACUUGGCCGACCAGCCGAUGGACGCGAUGCCGCGUGAAGUGUCGGCGAUUCCAUUUCUCACGUCCACGAGUGGUCGAAAGGUCGCGUUUGACAGCGACCCGCUCCUGGCCGACAACGAACCAUCAUGGUGGCCACUUCUGAUGCCAGAACACUCGAGGCCACUUGUGGUCACGUCCCACCCCGACAACACGGCGUUUGCUGGUUUCUGGCAAUUCGGCAUCACCCUCGUCCAGGAUGUUCGAGUGAACCCACAGACGUGGAAUACACUGCUCGACAACGCCAUGAUGCAGGCGGAGCCCGGCGCUCGUGCCGCUGUCGUGCAAUUCCUUUGCUUUUUGCUCGAUACAUGGUCUUCUCCAUCUGGCAUCACGAUCUCCCACCUCCCGACCCAACGCGGGACCUUUGAACCGUUUGCCACAGUGUUUGCGACCGCGACCACGAAAAUCCGGCACCCCCAAGUCGUUGACGUUCCCGUUCGAUACCACGACAUAUUGGCAAAGGUGUGGGGUCUGGCCCGGCUUCCCGUGAAGACGUCGGUGCUUUUCGAUUCAGCGGUGGACGAUGCGGACCUGCGCGACCAGCUCGCGACAACUUUGUUCGCUGUAGCUGCCCACUUUAAAUAUUCCCACGCCGCGCACGAGGUGGAUGCUCUUGGAACUUUCAUGGACUCGAUGCAGUGCUGGAAGACCGAGAACCUUCGCGUCGAGUACGAAACGUCGUCAACGCCUCACGACUCGACGGCGGGACAACGCGUGACCGAAUCUCGACCGGUUGUGCUGCACGAGUGCAAGAAUCUGUACGUUUCCACUCCAGUGGACUUUGCGCUAGUCGUGGUGACCGUGGCGUCCGCGAUGUGGACUCCACUUGUCGCCAACGACGUUGCGAGCUAUAUCGACGGUUCCCAGCACCGGCAGCAUCCGAUGCUAGCCCCCGACUCGUUGAAGCGCCAGUUGUUUCCGAUCGACCUGCCCCUGGCGAAGCGACCACGACCAGACCUUCGACACGCACACGACGCCGACCGAUUCCGACCCAACUUGCUGACCGACCAAGCCAAGGUGGCCAUCGGCCGCGUGGGCGAAGAGUACGUGUAUAGCCUCCUCCGCGCCGAGUUCCCACCCGACCAAGUGGAAUGGGUCAACCAAGUGGAAGAGACGGGCUUGCCCUACGACAUUUGCAUCCAUCACGCGUCCGGCGGGACCGAGUUUAUCGAAGUCAAGAGCACGUCGACGUACGACAAGGUCGUGUUCGAAAUGAGCGUCCAAGAAUUGGAGUACGCUACGCUCAAGGGGUCCCAGUACAGCAUCUAUCGCGCGUUCGCCAUCAAACCCCAUGGCGCUCUCCACGACUCGCGCGUCGUCCGGCUGCGCAACCCCAUGACGCUUCUCCGCCACAAGAAGCUCCAGCUGUCAGUCGUCAUGACGGAGGAAGCAUGCAACCUGUAAAGACUAGACCAUUCCAAUUUCAUUUGUGGAGGCAUGCAUGGCAUU